AUGGCAAAUGAGACAGAAAUCGCCCAGGGGGUGCAUAUGGUGUCCUUCCCGCAAGAUAUGUCCACAUGGCGGAUCUGGGAAUCGUUGGCUCUCAACGUGUUCAACAUCCCCGAAGGCACGAACACAUUUGUCCUCUGGGAUUCUUUCAAGAAGGAGGGCAAUAUUACCAGUAUAGACAUAUUUGAUAAGAGACUGGGCGAUCGUCAUAGCAAAGGCCGUAUCCGCUUCAGACCCCCUCCCUCAUCCGAAUUCUGGGCCACGGGCUCUUACAUUAUCAAACUCCGGAACAGAUCCGAGGUAACCGUUCGCCUCGAACUCAAGACCAAUGAUCAACAAGGUUUCAUGGAUAGUCCCGUACGCCCUGGAGUGAGAUAUCCUUCGUUUAUGGAUUUUUCUGUCAUGAAGUUCGACGUAUGCGUCUUGAAUGGAAAAAAUACCUUUCACGUCAUGCACGCUUUCAAAUAUUCUCUAAGAGGCUCCAUCGACAUCCGCCGACGCGAACUAUCUGUCAGUUUCACUGCCAACAUUCGUGAUAACAGAAUGUACCUCGGCCCUUCUCCAAAUCCAGAAGAAGAGGAGAGUCUCUUCCAACUGAGGGUGAAAUUCAACCAGCUCGAUAAGCUUUGGGCAUCCCAUGAUCCCGAAUCCAAGGUUAUCUCUUUUCUCGCUAUUUUAGAGCACCCAGCCCUCUUUUUCCGUCGGCUCAAAAACGUGGAGCCUACCUUUCAAUCCGAAACAACGUGGAAAGAAUUUGAUGCGUGGCCUCGGCAGACUGCUUUGGUACACAAUCCCGAAUCACUUGCUAACCAGAGACUCAUCACCAAUCUUUACCGCUCCGGUCAAAUUGUUGAUAUCGGUCGGUGGAAUGUCUUCCGGGUUACCUUGUCUUCCGAGACAGUCGAAAAGGGUGUUUUUACACUUUUACACGACAUUUUAGGCGAUCAUAAUGUUCCGGUACAGAAUGAUUGCCCCUAUAAAGAAAGUUUCCAGAGACCCAAGCUGGUCUGGGACUGGAUCAACCAUUCGCCUCAGAAUACAACCACACCGCAAUCUACGCUUGGCAAUCUAACAGAUCGGGCAUAUGUUCCUUUGGAAUUCGCUGUUCGUUAUCAAUUAGAAGUUUGCAUCUCAAAUGGAUGGCUUUCGGAAUUUUGCAUGACUCGAGAAUUUGUUGUCAAAUUACGAGAUCUCGGAGAAAAGAACGCUCGAAGACUGUUGGAGCAUGUCGACACGGAAAGAACCACUUACCUGGAUCCCAUGAAGAUUUUCAACAUCAAAGUCUACAAGGGAGUCAGUGAUGCAAAGAUCCCUUCCUACUGUUCCUUUAUGCGAAGUGCUCAAGUCACUCCGACUACAAUCUACUACAACACCCCCACGGUUGAUACCUCGAAUCGAAUCAUUCGCCGCUACAUCGAACAUGUGGACAAUUUCCUCCGCGUCCGAUUUACGGAUGAGAAAAGCAUCGGUAGAAUAUUUUCUACCGUGGGGGAUUCCCAGGAUGAGAUUUACACCCGAGUCAAGAGAACUAUGGCGAAUGGAAUCACGGUCGGUGAUCGUCAUUAUGAAUUUCUCGCAUUCAGCAACUCUCAGUUCCGUGACCACGGCGCGUACUUCUUCGCACCGACUCCGCAUCUGAAUGCAGCGCAGAUUCGGGCCUGGAUGGGCAAGCUUAGCCAUAUCAGGAAUAUAGCAAAGUAUGCUGCAAGGUUGGGUCAGAGCUUCUCUACCACUCGUGCAUUCGGGAGUUGCAAAGCCGAUAUUCGAGAAAUCGAAGAUAUUUCCCGGAAUGGCCGCGUGUUCUCUGACGGAGUAGGGAAGAUCUCCAAGUUCUUGGUCUCCAUGGUUGCGGAGGAGCUGAAUCUCAAGAGCCCGGAUGGUGAAUUACCCUCUGCCUUCCAAUUCCGACUUGGUGGGUGCAAGGGUCUGCUUGUCAUUUCUUCAGAUCCUGGUCACUCUGAGAUUCAUAUUCGACCGAGCCAACUGAAAUUCGAAAGUCCUCAUGUCAAGUUAGAGAUUAUUCGCUCUUCACGACCCUCGGUCGCAACCCUGAAUCGGCAAUUGAUUCUUGUGCUUGCUUCUCGAGGGAUUGCUGACCGAGUGUUCCACAAAAAGCUCAAGCAGCACCUCGAGAUAUUUGAAGAGGCCAUGAUGAACGAUGAAAAGGCCACUGGUAUGCUUCGGAAAUACAUCGAUCCGGAACAAAUGACUCUCACCCUCGCCCAGAUGAUAGACUAUGGCUUCAGACGAACAGAAGAGCCAUUUGUCUAUUCGAUGCUCGCCCUAUGGAAGACCUGGCAUCUCAAAAAUCUCAAAGAGAAAGCCAAAAUCGUGAUUGAACAAGGCACAUGUGUUUUCGGCUGUAUUGAUGAGACUGGUUUCCUCAAAGGCUAUCUUCAUUGCAGAGCAUCAAAUGAAGAAGAAUCUCUGCCACAGAUUUUCAUACAAGUCUCUCAGCCCGAGAAAAGAGGUUGGUCUCGGAAGGUUAUCACAGGCCUCUGCAUCGUCGCUCGAAAUCCUUCACUUCACCCAGGGGACAUUCGGGUUGUUUUAGCGGUCGAUGUGCCAGAGCUGAGGCAUCUACGAGAUGUUGUCGUAUUUCCACAGACUGGUGAUCUAGAUGUUCCCGGCAUGUGUUCCGGCGGGGACUUGGACGGCGAUGACUAUGUCGUGAUCUGGGACCAGGACUUGAUUCCAUCUAAGCGGAGUUGGUUCGAGCUUCCAAUGCGACAAAAUCCGAAGAAAGCCCCAGAUCUUGACCGGGACGUGACCGUGGAUGAAGUGACCUCAUUUUUUGUCACGUACAUGAAAAACAAUAUCCUGCCGUCGGUAGCGAGAGCUCAUUUAGCAUGGGCUGAUAUUCUUCCCGAUGGUAUUCGUGAUGAUAAAUGCGUUCGUCUGGCCCGACUUCACUCCGAUGCUGUCGAUUACAACAAGACCGGAGGUGCUGCAGUGAUGACCCGUGAUCUUGUUCCCCUAAGGUGGCCACACUUUAUGGAUAGGAAGAGUAACCUUUCAAAGAGAGAUUACCACUCCACGAAGAUCCUCGGUCAGCUCUACGAUGCAGUCGAGAAUGUCAAUUUCGUUCCUCAUCUCACCAUGCCAUUUGACUCUCGGAUUCUGGAUUGCAAGCCCGAACUGAAAGAGUUGAGCGAAGGUCUCCUGGACUAUGCGAGAAGUUUGAAAGAAGACUACGACUCGGCCGUGCGCCGGGUAAUGGCCCAAUACGAAAUCCCGACUGAAUUCGAGGUGUGGUCCUCCUGGGUCAUUACCCACAACGGCUCGGCCAACAACUACAAUAUCUCCGAGAAAGUCGGCGGACUCGCAGACCGUCUUCGAAGUGGUUUCCGCCAGCACUGUUACGAAAAGAUGGGCGGCCGUUUUCUUGAGGCGCUCGCACCUUUGAUAGUGGCGAUGUACCGCGUCACUCAUGAAGACCUCAUGACUACUCAAGAAAUCACCCCGUACGAUGAUGAAUCCGAUUAUGAUGAAUCCGAGCACAUGGACUCCGGUGCGGCCAAGACUUCUCUCAUCAGCUUCCCCUGGAUGUUCUCCGAGUACCUGGGCAAAAUUGCCCAGCGGCAUUAUGAUCUUGACGCCAUCACCACAUUCGCUGCCAACAAAGCAGACCGACCCGCGGGCAAGAUAUACACGCAGGAAGAGGCGAUGCGACUUACUGCUGAUUUGAUAAUUGAGCAAGGGUCGGGAGGGCCAAAGGUUGAAACCCUUGAGUGUGAAAACGAUAUGGUUGAGGAGGUAUUGGAAGACGAAUUCAUUGCGAAGCCAUCGGCUCUAGAUAAACUGAUCGAUAUUAUGGGAGAGUGA